CGAACAGCUGAUUUUUACUACAUUCAUCGAUAACAUUAUAUUGCACGUGUUGCAAUGUUUAGUUUUGUUUGAUAUUUUUCAACUGCGUUUAAAGUAAUUUAAAUUAAGCAAAAUGGCCAGAAGACCAGAGCAUUCAGCACCGCCAGAGAUUUUCUACAACGACGAUGAAGCCAAGAAAUAUUCUACCAACACACGUAUAAUUGAAAUCCAGGUGGAAAUGGCAGAGCGUGCUUUGGAGUUGCUCGCACUUCCAGACGACGAUGAAUCGCGGCUUAUUUUGGAUAUAGGCUGUGGAUCAGGUCUCUCUGGCAGCGUUCUCGAGGAUAGCGAUCACAUGUGGGUAGGCAUUGAUAUCUCCAAAUCCAUGCUGGAUAUUGCAGUGGAACGCCAAGUAACGGGCGAUGUCAUCUUGGGAGACAUGGGAGAGGGCAUGCCCUUUAAGCCGGGUACUUUUGAUGGCGCCAUUUCGAUAUCGGCCCUGCAAUGGCUUUGUAACGCUGACAAAUCCUACCACAAUCCACACAAACGUCUGCUAAAGUUCUUUAGCACUUUGUUCUCCUGCCUGACGCGCACUGCACGCGCCGUUUUUCAGUUUUACCCAGAGAAUUCGGACCAGAUUGAAAUGGUCACAGCACAAGCCAUGAAGGCGGGCUUCUAUGGCGGCCUGGUAGUCGAUUAUCCUAACUCUUCAAAGGCCAAGAAAUACUAUUUGGUGCUCAUGACUGGCGGCGCCGCGGAACUGCCACAGGCUUUGGGCUCACCGGAGGAAGAAAGACGUGUUAACUACAUAAAGAAACGGGACGCUUGCCGCGAUGCACGUGGUAAAGCGCCAAAGAAGUCACGCGAUUGGAUUCUGGCCAAGAAGGAACGUCGUCGUCGGCAAGGCCUAGAAACACGUCCAGACACUAAGUAUACGGCCAGAAAACGUAGUGGGCGCUUUUAAGAAUUGCCGAAUAUAAACAAACUACACAAUUUAAG